UGUCUGAUAGACAGAAGGACCCAACACAAGAAGAAGAAGAAGAAGGAGAAGAAGAAGAAGAAGAAGAAGAAGAAAGAGAAGAAGGAGAAGAACCAGGACACAGACUGAAACAGGGCACGGGGAGGACCGGGAGCGCGCACCGGUGCACCGACUCAGCCUCCAGCCGACAGCCGCUUUAUGGGACUUUUUCUGACGCACGCGGAACUUUAGUGUCCAUGUCACCGGUAAACCCGAGGCCAGGACCAGGACCAGGACCAGGACACCCGCCGCCCGAGACCCGACACCAGCGCUUUUCCACGGAUUAAUUUACACCCACGGACCCACGGAGCGGACCUGAUAGCCUGGUUAUGGAUUUUAACCUCCUGACGGACUCUGAGGCUCGCAGCCCGGCCCUGUCUCUGUCUGACUCUGGGACUCCACAGCACGAACAGGGAUGUAAAGGACAGGAGCACAGCGACACAGAAAAGUCCCUCCAGAACCAGCUGGAUGAGUCCAGCGCAGAGGACGGCGCUCUGAAGAAGAAGCAGCGGCGGCAGAGGACUCACUUCACCAGCCAGCAGCUGCAGGAGCUGGAGGCCACCUUCCAGAGGAACCGCUACCCCGACAUGAGCACCAGGGAGGAGAUCGCAGUGUGGACCAACCUCACCGAGGCCCGGGUCAGGGUUUGGUUCAAAAACAGACGCGCUAAGUGGAGAAAGCGUGAGAGGAACCAACAGGCAGAGUUGUGUAAAAACGGCUUUGGCGCCCAGUUCAACGGACUCAUGCAACCGUACGACGACAUGUACACGGGCUACUCCUACAACAACUGGGCCACCAAGAGCCUGGCCAGCAGCCCGCUGUCGGCCAAGAGCUUCCCCUUCUUCAACUCCAUGAACGUCAGCCCGCUGUCCUCCCAGCCCAUGUUCUCCCCCCCCAGCUCCAUCCCCUCCAUGAACAUGGCCUCCGGCAUGGUGCCCUCGGCCGUGACCGGGGUCCCCGCUGCGGGCCUCAACAACCUGGGCAACCUCAACAACCUGAACAGCCCCACGGCGCUCAACUCGGUAGCGGUGACGGCAGCCACCUGCCCUUACGCCACCAGCGCCAGCCCCUACAUGUACAGAGACACCUGCAACUCCAGCCUGGCCAGCCUGCGGCUCAAGGCCAAGCAGCACACCAACUUCGCUUACCCGGCCGUGCAGAACCCCGUGUCCAACCUGAGCCCCUGCCAGUACGCCGUGGACCGGCCUGUAUGAAGAUGAACACGCUCCGGCAACAACUCCUGACCCCAACGACCAGCUGGAAUGCCACGUUUCAACUAUGUGGAACCGGCUCGACUCGAUUUGGCUCAACUCCACUCUGGUACCAGGUCCUAUUCCAGACCGUUUCCAUCACAAGAUACUAUCCACUUUGCAGUACCGGGUCGUCAUAGCGAUGCGGCACGUUACUUCCAUGUCAUCUGCUCAGAGUCACUGAUAAACUCGCUGGUUGCGUGUUGUCUCGUCAAACUCAUGUUGAUUUUUUACGUCGGCCACCAAAGACUAAAUCUUGACCGACUGUGGUGUAGUUUACAGCCUGUCAUCAUGUGGAUUCACCUACCGACAGAUUUACUGUAAACGUCUGCAUAGGGAUGGGAAUCGAGAACCGGUUGUCAAAAAUAACCAGUUCUCGGAUCCCAGUAGCUUGGAAUCGUUUGCCUGCCUGCUUAACAAUUCUGCUUAUCGAUUCCACCUUCGUUGUGCAUGCGCAAUGACGUCACGCGUACGCUGCAUUGUUUUGGUC